UCUUAAGUAUUAGGCUGCCACGCUAAGUCAUUAUUCAAUCACUGCUUUCAGCUUUCUUGUGAUAUACCUUAAUUCUUUCAGCGUUUUCUUUCACUCACCAAGAAAAAAAAAAAUGGCCGAUGCAAUCUCGUUUGGUCUUGUGCUGAAGAUCAUUGAAAAAUUGGGCUCUACAACUUUCGAUGAGAUUGGAUCAAUUUGGGGUGUCAAAGAUGAGUUCCAAAAGUUGAAGAACACUGUUUCCACCAUUCAAGCUGUGCUUCAGGAUGCAGAGGAGCAGCAGGACAAGAACCAUCAAGUCAGGACUGGCUCAUGAAGCUCAGAGACGCAAUAUAUGAUGCUGUUGACUUGUUGAGUGAUUUCUCCACUGAAGAUUUGCGGCAAAGGGUGAUGGGUGGUGAUAAAAUGGCAAAGAAGGUACGUACUUUCUUUUCGAGCUCAAACCAACUUGCUUUUCGUCUUACUAUGGCUCACAAAAUAAAAGCAAUGAGGGAGAGACUUAAUGCAAUAGCAAAUGAUAGGAACAAUUUCCAACUGGUAGAACAGCCUUUACAGAGAAGGGUUGAAACUAGGGAAAGGGACCAAACUCACUCAUUUGUAGGUGAAGAGGAAGUUAUUGGGAGAGAAGACGAUAAGAAGAACAUCAUAGAUCUAUUAUUGAACUUUGAUGUGGAAGAAAAUGUCUCAUUCAUAUCCAUAGUUGGGAUCGGUGGGUUAGGAAAAACUACACUUGCUCAAUAUGUAUAUAAUGAUGAGAAGGUGAAGACUUAUUUUGAGUUAAAGAUGUGGGUGUGUGUCUCUGAUCUCUUUGAAGUGAAAACAAUUGCUGAAAAGAUACUUGGAUCUGCAACUAGUACAAAACUUGAAAACCUUGAUAUGGAUCAACUGCAAAAUAAACUUCGCACAGAACUCAACCAAAAGAAGUACUUACUUGUGUUGGAUGAUGUGUGGAAUGAGGAUAAUGAGAAAUGGUGUAAUUUGAAGAGACUUUUGAUGGGUGGUUUAAAGGGAAGUAAGGUGGUGAUAACUACACGGACCAAAUUGGUUGCAGAGAUUACAAGCACGAUCCUACCAUAUAAUCUAGAAGGCCUAUCAGAAAAACAAUCUUGGUUGUUAUUUAAACAAAUGGCAUUUAAAAAAGAGCAAGAGACCAUCGAUCCUAACCUCGAAGUAAUUGGAAAGGACAUCAUACAAAAAUGUCAAGGAGUGCCUCUUGUAAUAAAGACAUUGGGGAGAGUAUUAUACUUCAAAAAAACAGAGGAUGAAUGGUCUUAUAUCAAGGAUAAUGAACUUUCAAAUGUAACUCGGGGAGAAAAUGAUAAGGGUAUUUUACUGAUUCUUAAAUUAAGUUACGAUCAUCUUCCAUCACAUUUAAAGUGUUGUUUCGCUUAUUGUUCAUUGUUUCCUAAAGAUCAAGAGAUUCCAAAGCUAACAUUGAUACAACUAUGGAUAGCACAAGGGUUUAUCCAAUUAUUAGAUGAAAAGAUAUCGUUAGAGGAUGUUGCAAAUGAGUACUGCAUGGAACUAAUUUGGAGGUCCUUCUUCCAAGAAGCAGAAGAUGAUCACUUGAGGAAUAUAACUAGUUUUAAAAUGCAUGAUUUAAUCCAUGAUCUUGCACAAUUAAUCUCAAGGACUGAGUGCACACUUGUUAAUUCUAAUGCAAUAAGGGUCAAUGAAAAAGUACAUCACCUAUCAUUUCCAUCUUACAAUGUUUUUGAGAAGAAUUUAAGCUCUUUUGUCAAAGCAAAGAAGAUACGUACAUUUAUUUUGACAUCCUAUUCCUCGUUAUAUGAUGAGGAAGUAGAGGAAGAAUCAACUCUCAAUAAACUUAUUUCUAGUUUUAGAUGCUUGCGUGUGUUAGACCUACAUGGUUUAAAUAUUGUGACAGUCCCAAAUUCCAUAGAUAAGUUGGCAUAUCUAAAGUAUCUUGAUCUUUCGGAGAAUGACAUUGAAGUUCUUCCUAGUUCUAUUAUUAGAUUGCUGAAUUUGCAAACAAUAAAGCUUUCUAAAUGUGGGAAGCUUAAAGAGUUACCAAGAGGCAUUCAGAAGUUGGUUAACCUCAAGCAUCUUGAUAUAUAUGGUUGUGACAGUUUGACUCAUAUGCCAAGUGGAUUAGGGGAGUUGACUUCUCUACAGACAUUACAGCUAUUCAUUGUGAGUAAGGACACUGUAGGGUCGUCCUCCAAGCAUUGCAAUGGACUAGUAGAACCAAACAAGCUAAGCAGCUUGAGAGGAGAAUUACAAAUUAAAAAUUUGGCAUGGAUAAAAGAUGUUACCUCAGAAGCUAAGGCAGCAAAUUUGAAAGACAAGCACCAUCUUAGAAAUUUGAAAUUAAGUUGGAAUUGGGAUGAUAAUAAUGAAGCUCAUGUCCGUGAUGCUGAAAUCUUGUUGGAAGGUCUCCAACCACACCAUACUUUAAAAUAUUUGGAUGUGGAAGGGUACCAGGGUAUAAGAUUUUCGAGUUGGCUUCCUUUGCUAACAAGCCUUGUUCAUUUGAGAAUAUGGAAGUCUGAUUGCCUAUAUCUACCUCCAUUGUAUCAACUCCCCAAUCUCCAAUAUCUAUAUCUUCAAAGUCUGGCUAGUUUGGAAUACAUAUCAGAUCAGGAAAUCAUUGAUGAGGUAUUUCCUCCAUUGGCAUCAUCGUCAACAACAUUUUUCCCAUCCCUAAAGUCACUCCAACUUUUGGAUUGCCCUAAUCUAAAGGGAUGGUGGAGGAGGGAUAUUGUAAAAGACAAUAGUGAUAAUUAUAACGAGGAUGUGCCAACAAUGACAUCAACAUUGAGUCAUCAAUCUCAGCAUCAUAUACCAUUGCCUUACUUUCCUUGUCUUUCUUACCUGGAAAUCUUGAAUUGUAGUAAGCUGAUUUACAUGCCAUUGUUUCCAUAUCUUGAAAAAGGGUUACUACUAAACAAUGCCAACUUGAAGCCAUUUCAACAGACAGUGGAAAUGAUGAUGGUCCCUUCCUCCUCGUCCGCUUACCCACCUUUCUCCAAAUUAAAGCAUUUGUCUUUGUCUCAGAUGCAGGAUAUAGAAUCUUUGCCAGAGUAUUUGUUACAAAACUUGACUUCCCUUGAGUAUCUAGAGAUUUGGGGGUGCCCUAGACUGAAAUCUCUUUCUCAAUUUAUGCAAAUUUUGACCUCUCUUAAGAAGCUGCAAAUUGGGGAUUGCGAGGAGAUUGAUCUGUUUAAUGACGAGAGUGAUGAUGCCACUCAAUGUGUUACAACUCUGCAAGUGCUUGAGAUUUCAAAUGUUCCUCGCUUGAUUAAUUUACCAGAAUGGAUCAAAAACCUCACAUCACUUCGGAGGCUCAAAAUUGACGAAUGCCCCAAUCUGACAUCAAUUCCAAAAGGGUUCAGCAGCCUCACAUCACUUCAAAACCUUCAAAUUUGGAGAUGCCCCAAUCUGUCAUCACUUCCUGAAGGGAUCAACAGCCUCACUUCACUUCAAAACCUUCAAAUUUGGAGAUGCACCAAUUUGACAUCACUUCCUGAAGGAAUCAGCAACCUCACUGCACUUCAAAGGCUUCAAAUUCAUGGAUGUCCUAAUUUGAUAUCACUUCCAGAAGGGAUAAGCAACCUUAUAUCAAUUCAAAAGCUUCAAAUUCACAGUUGUCCUAAAUUGAUAUCACUUCCUAAAGGGAUUGGUAAUCUCACAUCACUUCAAUGGCUUGAAAUUUGUGGAUGCCCCAAUCUGACAUCUCUUCUCGAAGGGAUCGGCGAGCUCACAUCACUUCAGACUCUUGAAAUUGAUGGAUUGCCUAAUCUGACAUUGCUUCCUGAAGGGAUCAAAAACCUCACAUCCCUUCAGAGGCUUAAAAUUGAUGAAUGCGCCAAUUUGACAUCACUUACGGAAGGGAUCAGCAAUCUCACAUCACUUCAAAUCCUUGCAAUUCGCAAUUGCCUCAAUCUGACAUCACUUCCAGAGGGAAUGUGUCGUCUCACCUCUUUACAAAGCUUGAUGAUUAGCAAAUGUCCCCACUUGGAGAGAAGAUGCCAGGAGGGAAUUGGCGAGGAUUGGCCUAAUAUUGCUCACAUCCCAAAUUUUCAAUAUCAUUUUUAAAGACUAGAUACUUGUUCAGCAACCAAUAUGCUUCUGCUUCUAUGGUAGAAUUUUUUAAGAACAGUACAAAGUUACAAACUACUGAAUGGGAGCUAUGGGAAACAAGGGAGGACCUUUCACAUCCUAGAGAUGGAAGGGAAUGAACCUGGUCUAUCAUCAAAUUUUCAGGUGCAUUGACAGAUUGGAAAGUUGCACUUGCUGAUAUUGGAGUGACAUUGUGGUGGAAAAUCGUUUUAGAGAACUAAUCAGAUUUAGUUAAUCAAAAUACAAGAAAUCUGCAAGAUGCUGCAAAUGUUACAAAUUUCAUCUUCUACCAGUACCUUUUUGAGGAUAGCUUCAAUUUUUAGGCAACUGCUACUUGGGAUGUUCAACUGCUACAUUUUGGAGCAUCAAUAUUUUGCUCAUAUCCUAAAAUUUCAAGGGCUCUUGCAAAGACAUUAACUAAGUUAGCUUAUUGAUUGGAACAAUUCACGCUAUUAAGGCCUAGCAUAAGUGGAUUCACUCGCAAAACUUAAAUGGUAAGAUGUUUCUCUAAUCUUAUUGUCUAUUAUUUUAAUACUCUUGAGCUUAUAAAUUUUGGUGGAUCUAGUAGGGUGUGAUAAAGAACUUCACUGAUUCAAUGAAGGAUUCACAGGACCUAGAUUUUGCCAACAUGGUACGGUGCAUGGUCAAAAGUCAAAUCUCUUUUUUUUGUAACUGAUGGCCUUAAUUAAAAAAAGUUCACUUCAACUGAUUGUGGUUGAUGAGUGUGCAUCAGCUGGAAAGAAGGAAGAGCAGGGAACAACAUGCAAGGCGUGCCUAUGAGCUGUUUGAGAAGGAUGGGAACGAAUCAAUUAUGAUAGGAGGAACUUGCUCGUCACUUUCGAAGGGCAAAUUUUGAUUCAAUUGCUUAGGAAUGCAUCCAUUAUUAACUGAUAAUGGUUCUUUGAUUAUGUUUUCCUAAUGGCAAGUUGGCAACUCAUAGUAACUUGGUUGCUAUAUUGGUAUUUGGAAAUUCUUUUGCUUGGAUUUUGGGUUAGUUUCUAAUUGAGAUACUUGACUGCUUUUAGUUUUUUUUUCCUGGCUUAAAGAGACACGAACAAAAAUGAAGAAUCUUUUGAGAUAUCGAUAUGUACUACAAUUUCAGAUGAUGAUGUUGGCAAAGAAUUUGAAAAGCUUAACCUAAAGAAGAAGAAAUGUCUAACCGAUGGUUU